UUGAUGUUUUCCGCCAGGUCCACUGAAAUCCGGGGGCUGUCUGGCUCUUAGCUCGCUAUGGUCCUCAUUUAGCUCUCCUUUUUCCUUUGGGAUUCCCGUCUGCAGAUAGCAUGGCGGCCCGGGUGCUCGUGCUUGGCGGUGGGGGCAGAGAGCACGCGCUGGCCUGGAAACUCGCGCAGUCCAGCCACGUCCAGCAGGUGUUGGUCGCGCCCGGAAACGCAGGCACUGCCUGCUCUGCGAAGAUCUCAAAUGCUGCCAUCUCCUCCAGCGAUCACAGUGCCCUGGCUCAGUUCUGCAAAGAUCAGAACAUUGAAUUCGUAGUUGUUGGACCAGAGGCACCUCUGGCUGCUGGGAUUGUGGGGAACCUGGCAGCUGCAGGAGUGCGAUGCUUUGGCCCCUCGGCACAAGCGGCUCAGUUAGAGUCCAGCAAAAGGUUUGCCAAAGAGUUUAUGGACCGACAUGGAAUCCCAACGGCACGGUGGAGAGCGUUCACCGAACCUGAGGAGGCCUGCAGCUUCAUCAUGAGCGCAGACGUCCCUGCUUUGGUUGUGAAGGCCAGCGGUCUUGCGGCCGGGAAGGGGGUGAUUGUGGCAGGCAGCAGAGAAGAGGCCUGCAGAGCUGUGCAGGAGAUCAUGCAGGAUAAAACCUUUGGAGCAGCUGGAGAAACAGUUGUCAUUGAAGAACUUCUUGAAGGAGAAGAGGUUUCUUGUCUGUGCUUCACUGAUGGGAGAACUGUGGCUCCCAUGCCCCCAGCCCAGGACCAUAAGCGACUGCUGGACGGGGAUCGCGGCCCCAACACAGGGGGGAUGGGGGCCUACUGUCCGGCACCUCAGGUUUCUAAGGAUUUGUUGCAAAGGAUUACAAACACCAUUCUCCAGAGGACGGUGGAUGGCAUGCAGCAGGAGGGCACGCCGUACACAGGUAUUCUCUAUGCUGGUAUAAUGCUGACCAAGGAUGGCCCAAAAGUUCUGGAGUUUAAUUGCCGUUUCGGUGAUCCAGAGUGUCAAGUAAUCCUCCCACUUCUUAAAAGUGAUCUUUAUGAAGUGAUUCAGUCCACCUUAGAUGGCCUGCUGUGCGCAUCUCCGCCUGUGUGGCUUGGAAACUGUACAGCUGUAACUGUUGUCAUGGCAAGUCACGGUUAUCCAGGAGACUACACCAAGGGUGUGGAGAUAACAGGGGUUGCCGAGGCUCAGGCGUUAGGGCUGGAGGUGUUCCAAGCUGGUACGGCCCUGAAAGAUGGCAAAGUGGUGACUAAUGGAGGUCGAGUCCUCACGGUAACAGCCAUCCGGGAAGAUCUCAUCGCGGCCCUUGAAGGAGCCAAGAAAGGACUGGCUGCUAUCAAGUUUGAGGGAGCCGUUUACAGGAAGGACAUUGGCUAUCGAGCCAUAGCCUUCCUCAAGCAGCCCAGGGGCCUGACUUACAAGGACUCUGGAGUAGACAUUGCAGCUGGAAAUCUGCUGGUCGAGAAAAUUAAACCUUUAGCAAAAGCAACCUCCAGACCAGGCUGUAACGUUGAUCUUGGAGGUUUUGCUGGUCUCUUUGAUUUGAAAGCAGCCGGUUUCAAAGAUCCUCUCCUGGUCUCUGGAACAGACGGCGUUGGAACAAAACUGAAGGUUGCCCAGCAGUGCAAUAAACAUGAUACCAUUGGUCAAGAUUUGGUUGCAAUGUGUGUGAAUGAUAUCCUGGCACAAGGAGCAGAGCCCCUCUUCUUCCUUGAUUACUUCUCCUGUGGCAAACUGGACCUCGGUACAGCCGCAGCUGUUGUUGCUGGAAUCGCCAAAGCCUGUGGGAAAGCGGGCUGCGCGCUCCUCGGAGGUGAAACAGCAGAGAUGCCAGACAUGUACCCUCCUGGGGACUAUGACCUGGCCGGGUUUGCCGUGGGAGCGGUGGAGCGGGGUCAGAAACUCCCCGUCCUGGAUGCGAUUGCUGAAGGGGAUGUUGUAGUUGGGAUCGCUUCAUCUGGUCUUCACAGCAAUGGAUUCAGCCUCGUGAGGAAAAUUGUAGCGAAAUCUUCCCUUCAGUACUCUUCUCCGGCACCUGAUAACUGUGGCGACCAGACCUUAGGGGACUUACUUCUGACUCCAACCAGAAUCUACAGCCAGUCCCUGUUACCUGUCUUACAUUCAGGACACGUCAAGGCCUUUGCCCACAUCACUGGUGGAGGGCUACUAGAGAACAUCCCCAGAGUCCUCCCUUCAAAAUGUGGGGUGGAUUUAGAUGCUCAGACCUGGAGGAUCCCUAAAAUCUUCUCGUGGUUACAGCAGGAAGGACAGCUCUCUGAAGAAGAGAUGGCCAGAACAUUUAACUGUGGGAUCGGGGCUGCCCUGGUGGUAUCCAAGGACCUGACGGAGCAGGUUCUGAGGGACAUUCAGCAGCACCAGGAAGAAGCCUGGGUGAUUGGCAGAGUGGUGGCCUGCCCUGAAGGUUCCCCUCGUGUGAGAGUCAGGCACCUGGUUCAAGCCAUGCGGAUAAAUGGGUCAGUGUUGGAGAAUGGCACCAUGAAAAGUCACUUUUCUGCCCAACCAAAAAAGGCAAGAGUAGCUGUCUUAAUAUCUGGAACAGGAUCGAACCUCCAAGCUCUCAUAGACAGUACUCAGGAGCCAAGUAGUGCUGCACACAUCGCUGUUGUUAUCUCCAACAAACCCGAGGUGGCCGGGCUAGAUAAAGCAGCGAGAGCAGGCAUUCCCACCAGAGUAAUUAAUCAUAAGUUAUAUAAAAGUCGUGUAGAAUUUGACACUGCAGUCAACCAAGUCCUUGAAGAGUUCUUCAUAGACAUAGUCUGUCUUGCAGGAUUCAUGAGAAUUUUAUCUGGUCCCUUUGUCAGAAAAUGGAAUGGGAAAAUGCUCAACAUCCAUCCAUCCUUGCUCCCUUCUUUUAGGGGUUCAAAUGCCCACGAGCAAGCCCUGGGCGCCGGCGUCACAGUGACUGGGUGCACUGUGCACUUUGUAGCUGAAGAAGUGGAUGCUGGACAGAUUAUUUUACAAGAAGCUGUUCCAGUGAAGAGGGGUGAUACUGUUGCCACUCUGUCUGAAAGAGUGAAACUGGCAGAACAUAAAAUCUUUCCCACAGCCCUGCAGCUGGUGGCCAGUGGGGCUGUCCGGCUCGGUGAGGACGGCAGGCUCUGUUGUGUCCAGGAUGAGUGAGGCUGCGGAUUGAGGAAAGAAGUCUGGCUG